CAGGAAGUGAAAUGCUCAAACCUAAACAUUUUAACUGCUAGAAAACAUUGUUUUCGUUUUCUUUACAUUAUAAUCAGAACUAAUUUAUUUCAUACCAGUGUAUUAAAUCAGCUCUUUGUAGUAAAAGAGCGUUCGAACAAAUCACCACAGGAUUUAUCAAAGGAGGAAAAAUGAUGUGUGAAUCUGUGGCUGAUUCAGUGACGAGUAUUUCAGAGGAGGAGCAGGAAUUUGAGAUGAGCUUGGAUGACUUGAACUACUCCGAUAAAGAUGGUGAUGAAGAAGAUGAAUUUGAUGAGUCUGAAGAUGAUUUUGAGAGUGAUGUUACACUGGAAGAGGACGAGGAUGGAGGACUUGACCUCGCAAAACAUAGUAGGGUUAAUGAUUUGAGUAUGCCUCAAGUCAUGUUGUCUGGAAAAUGUGCUGAUGAUACUGCAGAACACUCUUCUAAUGCACUUGUGCCUGUUUCUGAAGCUGAUGACCCUUACAGUGUGGACAGUGAUGAGGAAAAAGAGCUGCUGAAGGACAUAAAAGAUGAGAUCAAAACAAUGGUCAGAGCUGAGAUGAAGGAGGAGCUGGCUGCCUAUGAGCACAAAACCAGAGCAAUUGAGGUCGGGUGUUUGCCUUUACCAGCAGGGAAUGAGAUAGACAAGUAUCCAGACCUUGCUGACAUGGAACCAGAGCUUCGUGAUGCUUUCAUCAAAAUGCGAAAACUUGACAGGAUUCUUGAGAAGCGUAUGAAACAAGAGCAAAAGGUCAAGCGUGAGAGGAUUAUUCUUGAGCAACGCAUCCGUUGUGAACUUGUAGAGCUUCAGUCCAAGGGCCCUAUUCAAAAAGACAUUAAAGCCAACACUGACAAGUUUAUCACCCUUGCAUUGCCUGCCAGCCAUAACGAAGGUGUUGAUACAAAUCUGCCACCUGUGACACCAGUUUUCCAGACACAGGUUAAGGAAGAUGAGUUGAAAGCUAGGCUAAGUAACACUGGCCAGUCAUCAACCAACAAUAGUGAGAAAUCAUCAGCUGCCUCAAAUGACACUAACACUGCAGACAGUCGGCAGGAAAAUGGGUCUACAAAGAAAUAUACAAAGAAGAGGAAGAACUUCAUCAAGAGGAACAAAGAGCUUGCAGCUAAUGCUAAAGAUACUGUGGCCAUGACUGAUGAUGAGAAGAAGCGACUUAAGGAGCUGCUGACAGACAUUGAGUCUUUGCCUGACAUACCUGAAGAGGGCCUUGACACCCAGAUAAAAGUCGAUGAGAAUCAUUUUCAAAUGAUGCUUCAACCUGGAGAGGGAUUUGUGCCAACAGACAAUGAGCUUCAAACACUGACCACCAUUGACCAGCGUCUGCAGUGUUUACUUCCUGAAGAAGAGUUCCGCUCUAUCUCUAACAGUGUGCUCAGUACAGUGCCACAACAACGCCUUUUCGUUCGAGUUGAUGCACAGAUGAAUGCUGAUUUUGAGUUGUAUGGAGAGCGUGUCCUUGUGGAGACUAAAGAAGAACGUGAGCUACAAGCUAAGCUCAAAAGGAUAGAAGAACAAUUGGCAGCAUUCCAUUUGCCAGAAGAAAUACAGAUGGAGAGUCCUGCCCUGACAGAUGAACAGCUGGACAGUCUGUUGGACCAGUGUGCCAGGUCACUUUCCAGCACAUUUCCCCCAGAUACACCUGACAGCAUGAACUCUGAAAGGUCCUUGGAAUCAGCACGUGCCCGUCUUCUUGAGAACCCUCCACACCUAAGCGAUGAUGUCCUGCAGAAGCUCUUGUCAGAGGCUCACUUCCCCUUAUCCACUCAUCUUCUAGAUUUGCAAGAUGAUGACAGCAAAAGUGCACAGAAUGGAGAAGGGCAGAUAAUCAAAGCUGAUACAUGGAAGGCCAUUGCAGAGCAGACACUAGAGGUAACUGAUGCAGGUGGUGAUGAAGGCAGGUGGAGCCCCCGGAAGCCUUUAAAAAAUGUUGGUUUUUCUGCUCACCAGUCAUACUCGGAGACCAGCAUGCACUCCACAAGUCCUCGCCAAACUAGUGUUCUCCACAGCUAUUCACAACAGUUAAUUGGCCGGGAAAGUCCCUUCAGUCUGCCAGAUAUAAGUGUCAGCAGAUUUCUGGUCAACACACCCCAAGGCCAACCCCUCAUGAGUGCCAACAACGAUCCAAUGACUUACCGCAAUAGUCGUACCAGUUCUCAAGCCAAACAGCUCACUAGAAAUGGUGUACAAUGAUUUGUCAGCCAGUCCUCUGCUUAGCAGUAGCUUCUCCAGACUUUCAGGCUCCAAUUGUGAACAGUCACUCUCGAUGGCUCCUUUGGUGUUGCACAAUCUUGGUGACCAGAUUGACACAAGUCCUGUGCCGCAUCCUCCUUUAUUCUUCGACAGACAUGACCCGAGGACAACAACUUCCAGGUCCAGACCCGGAUCAUCAGGAAGAGAUUCAAGCACAUAAUUGUGGCAAAUAACAGAGCUGGUGGUGGUGGGAGGCAGGGUGAAGAUAAGUCACAUUCUACACCAGUGUCUGCCCUUGCAUAGAUGAAACCAAUUUUGUGUACAAGUUUGUGACUGUGCAAGUACAAAUUCAGCUGUGACAGUGAUAAUAAAACAAUAUUGCCAUCUCGUAAGAUAUUUUUUGCUUUUAGACAAUAUUAGCGCUCAUAUAUG